AUGUCAUUUCAGUCACAAGGCGGACAAGGUGAUUAUUUUUUGCAGUAUCGACGUAUGAAAACAAGCAAGUCUUGCAGAUAUUGCUUGCUGUAUUGCUGGAUCGAGGCUAGAGUACAUAGUUCGCGUCAAAAUGAUCAUAUGAUCACGGCUUGCCUUCGCUUUCUUUUGGCAGAAACACAGAAUCGGAGGAUUCUACAAGAUCUGCAACAAAAACGCCAGAUGCUUUUAAAUCAAGGCCAAGGUGGCGUAGGAAAUGUGGGGUGAGUCGAAGUGAUCUUUGACCUUUAAUUGUGAGCUAAUUGUGAGAGAUGCUAGAAAAUACAGUUGUAAGCUGACAGAAAUAAGCUUACUAACAUAGUUUCAACAUAGAUUUUUCAUACUUUGUACUUUGUUACGUGGUAUGUUACACAGGUAAUACAUAGGCAGAAGUGAACACAACAUGGCUUAAACAUAGUCCAACAUAGUUAAUAAAUAGCAUGAACAUAGGUUUUGCAUAUGUCUAGUUCUACAAGGGGUUAUGAUUUGGACGGUAAAUUUGGCAUCCCUCUCGCUUGAACAAUUUCUUUCCUUGUUACUUACACAAAAUAGCAUGUUGUUGUCACAUAGAGUUUGUGAAGCUUCGUUUAGUAAAUUCAAGUCACUCACCACUUCUGGAUUAAUGCUUGAUCUAUGCAAGGAAACAGUAGCGUAAAUUACAUGUAGUUGCACCAUACAGGAUUACACCACCACCAAAUAUUAAAAGAUUUGCUCAAUCAAGGAUAAAACAGCCUUUGUACAGACUGUCACAUGAUGUCUUACAGCAUGUCACAAUGCUUUGCAUGAAUAGACAAAUUUUCUUUUCCCAAGCAUUUCCAAAAUGAAAGGGUUACUUGGAUUAAAGUCCCAUGAGACUUAUGAUAAACUCCUAGUCUUCCCUUUCAAGUUACCUCAUAUUUUUCCAGAGAAACAAAUGGAAAGUUUGACAUUAUCUGAGUAGUUAGUUAAAGGCCUUAUCACAUUCGGCUGCAUUAAAUGCUCUUUGUUAGCUUUAAGUGUACCAAUUUUAUGAGAAAUACGGAAGCAAAAACAUAUGUGUUGUAUAAUCUUUCUUAACAAAUUUAUUAUUAUAUUGCGCAUAGCAACAAAACAAAUUAUGAGAAUUUAGGUAAAUAUAGCAGUUUCGUUGUAUUUUUGUAAGUUAUUGUGUCAUUUUUUUACAUUAUUUUGUAUUCCACGGUAUUUUGCUAUGAAAAAUUUAGCAUUAUCACAAAAAAAAUUUAGCAUUAUGCCUGGGCGCCCUGGGCCCCUCCCCUGGACCUGCCACUGCAAUGGUGACCAACAUCAAUUUUUUCUUUACAAUACCCAUUCACUGUCAAAAGAAAAGGUUAUGAGAAUUAACAAAAUGAUCACCAAAACGAAAAUACCUUGAUCUUUUGUCAAAUUCGCUCAACUAAUUCUUAAAGGAAAUGUAUAGAGAUCAGUAAAGAGAAUUUGUAAGUGGAUAUCGGGGCUUAAAGGAUUAAGAGAGAGUCGAGUGUUACCAGAAUAACAGUGUUCAUGAUAUGACUGUUUAAUGUUUUUACUUCUCAGGCAAAGGAGUAUGGGAGGUGCAGAGGCAUCUGUUCCCAUUGUAAAAGUUACACAUGAAGCCCCGGUAAGUAUUAAGUGAGUUAAUGUUUGAGUUUGUGUGGAGUCAAUGUAAUUCAAUAUUCACCUGAAUUUUCUGCGUUGGUGCAUGACUGAAUUGUAAUAAUGAGUUGACAAGUUUGUGACUAGACUUCUUAAUAACAGCUUAUUGAAAAAUAAUUAUUUAGAAAAGAGCAAAAAUACUAUAAUCUGUGACAGCUAUGGGUGUCCAUAUGAUCCACGGGCAUAUACACAAAAAAACUGGCCAUCUAUGUAGACUAGCUGCCAAGUUAUACAUAAUUAGGCUUCAAGUUUUGUGGUUAACUUGUGCACUUUGUAUGGUCACUUCUUCAGAGUUUUAAAAAACAGACCUGCUUUUUCAAAAUUGGAUAAACAAUAUCUGCUGGAUAAAUCCCUAUCUAAUGGAUACAUGUACACUUAAGAUUAGGAAAAGUAAGGCCAAUUGUGUUAUCCGUUAAAUAGAAUUUGUUGAGUGGAUCAUGCUUUUCUCCUUUUGAACAAGUAGGGCCAAUGUGGAAUUUGGAACUGUUCAGUGAUCAAUCUAGAAGUUGGUCAAAGUGGGUUAUACGCAUGUAUGUCCCACAUGGCAUUUUAAAUUGGGUCAUUUCAGAGAUGGUCUACUAGGUCAAACUAAGAUAUUGAAACUUUGAACAACUCUAAUGGAAAUCUUCAUGCUUUUCAGAUUCACCUGCCAUUCUCUUUUUUGUAAAAAAUGAACUUAGCUUUUGUUGCCGUUUCAUAAUGGAACGAAAACGAAAGAAUGAAGUCAACAAACGAAGCAAAAAUCAAUCGGCAAAGCAAUGUACCGCUGCAUGCAGAGCGUUCAAAUGUGCACUCCAGUCUCUCUCAGAUUUGAGAGGAAUGCCUGAUGUGAAAACUAAACAUAAGCACGAAGUCUGAAAUUGAAUGAUAGUCAUUCUGUGCACUCAUUUCAGGCUAGUAAGCGCACUUUCUUUUUUUAAAUUACUUGCAUUAUUACCAGCUGAUUUGGAAGUACUUAUAUAUGAAGUAAUAUUUUUUGCGUCAGUAUGACUCCACGAUUAUUUCAUUUUGGGUCAGAACAGAAUACCGUAAAAUUCUGAAAAUAAGUCCUUCCAUGUAUAAGCCCAUCCAAAUAUAAGCCCCCAAGCUGGUAACGCAAAAAACCCUCCGUUAAAUUGCCCCUCCAAAUAUAAGCCCCGCAGGGGGGCUUGUACUUGGAAAUGUCCAUCAAAUACAAAGUAAAACAAAGAAAACGGUAAAUUUCCUUCCAAGAAGAAGGCUAGCCCAAUCGGUUUUUAAAUGCAAAUUUCCCUCCAUCCAUAAGCCCCUCCGAAUAUAAGCCCUUCAAAAAAUAAGCCCCUCAAAAAUGGUCUUUUGAAAAUAUAAGCCCCAAGGGCUUAUUUUCGGAAUUUUACGGUAUUCCACGUCAAUGGCGGAGAAACGUAGCUUAGAUUGGACACUUCAACUGUUGUCAUUUAAAUAAACCUCUGUAAAAUGCUCCUUUGCUUUUAGGUUAUUCGCAACCCAGCAGACAUGGCAUUGAGCCAGCGACAGGCACUAGAGGUAGGUUUACAUCACUUAACCCUUUAAGCCCUAAGAAUGAUCAGCAUUAAAUUUCUCCUUGUAAUAACAAGGCUUUGUUAAACAGAGUGGUCAUGAGAAUUACGGACAUGAUCAAACAGGAUGAAUUAGCUUAAUAUUUUAUCAACUUCUCCCCACUACUUCUGAAGGAAAUGAAUAGGGGCAACAAAUGAGAAUUCAAAUUUUGAUCUUAGGGUUUCAAGGGUUAAAAGAUUUACAUUAGUAGUAUAAAAACCACUCACUCUGUCAAAAGUAAUUAUAGCUUCUAAAUCAGAUGCUUUGUGUCUUGUAACGUUUCAUCAAAAUACUUUAUGUCACAUUCUUUCCUCCCACAUAUCAUCUCAUUAUGAAAUGGUUUUAAUGAUUUAGACAUUGAUGGACUGUAAAACAGCCCAUAAUUUUGCCUAGAUUCAGGACGCCUGCACGCGCGGUCAAAGGAGAGGUUUGGAGUGAGGGUAAAAACGAAGAGUGAGACACGGGCUUUACAAUGGUUUCGCUAUGUUCGAGUUCGCUACCUACAUAUUCUUCUUGCUGCCUCUUGGCAAAGUCCAAAACUUGCACCCUCCCUCGAAGGGGCAAGCUUAAAAGAACGCGAAAUAUUAUAUAUCAAAAGAUCUUUUUCUAGAUCGAUUAGGGGAGUAUUUUCAGUGGUUUACAGAAAGCUUACAGCUUAGCGAAUUUGUUGCGAACUAGGACGUAGCGAGACGGGUUGUUAUCAGAAACGGACGUGUGUGGCCAGCCCACCCACUUAGUUUGAAAAUGUUGUGCUGGUGCAUCACGCCCUUCAAAGCCAAUUUGGAGCAAAAAAAAAUGCAUUCUAAGUCGAUGCCAGAUUGUCAUGGACCUGGAAAAAUAACAACACGAAAAUUUAAAGGAACUCAUUAUAGCACUACCAAUGAUUGCCUCGUGCAUCAUGAUUUCCUGAAUGACUGACAUGAUCGUAUCCAUGACAAUGUGUUGCACUGACCUGUCAAAUAGGGAGCUUUAGAUUUGAGGACGAGAACGAGUACAAGUACGAGAUGUAAAGUUUUUGCACUUUUUCGAAAAAAGACACCCCAUAAAGCAUCAUUUUAGUAUGGUUAUUUAUACUGGAGGAGGUUAAGCCCUCUCCCGAUAGCAAAAUGAUAAAACUUCUUACAAUUGAUAGCUUGUUCCCGCCACAAAGACAUUUUCGCUAAAACUCGUAGUAGAAUGACGGCUAUCACGUUUUCCCGCAAAAAUGACGCUGGUUCACGCCUGAGCAAUACUCAGUAUUGAAAAAAUCGUCAUUCUCGUUCGUUCUUGUCUCAGAAUCUAAAGCUCUGUAAUGAUUCAAUGUUGGGGGAGGGGAAGGAGUGGGUGUCACUCCAAGAAAUUCUGGGUAGAGGUGUGCUGCCAAGUCCUUCAAACCCUGACCUGUUUAACACAAGAACGGUUCAAUUUCGAUGCCUCGUUUAAGACCGGAAGAGACCUUAUUUUAUUACCCUGUUUCGUUUCACUCUCCAUACAGAAUUAAGUUGUCAUUUUUUCAACCUACAUUCUUGGACAAAACUCUUGAGAAAAUUGCACAUUUCGAGAGCAUUUUUCUAAACAUCGUAGCUGUACCAAUUCUUCCCUUCCCCUCUCCCCUUGGAAGCAAUGUUGUUGUGUGUUCUGAAGCAACCCUGAUCAUUGGACGUUUGUAGGAAGCAACUUUGACCUGCGAGAAGGGGAUUUGAUUCCGCAAGUUAGUUAUUUUGGAAAUAGUUUUGUUGCGUACGAUAGUGCGCAUUAAGAGGAAAACGUUCUCAAGUAGUAUUUUUCCGGGAUUGUGGCAAAAAAGUUGUUGGAGCCAUAAACUAAUGUAGAUCGCUCAUCGCCAACCUUUGACUCUUCUAAGGGCUCCCGGUCCAAAAAGAUACCACUCGCCUCCCCGGUAUGGAGUGUUCUCGUAAGGUGUUCUACAGUCGCCCCACUCCCUUAGUUUUACUGUGAAGAACUGCUAUCUCGUGCUUAUGGAAUCCAACUAUUGCAUGCUUACAAAAUACAGCUGCUAACCAAUAGCAACAGUUUCAAGUCCCAGGGAGUUACCCUCCUACGCAGACGCCCUUUGGCUCAUCGCGAUCUUCUGCAGUGUUAGUUGGGGAGAAUUGCGUGACAAGCUUAAAGGAUGUCUGUGUAAGAGGCCUAAGACAUCCCAUCCAUUCCUGACUUUUGAUUGGUCCAUUUGUCCAUUUGAGUCUUGGUAAUAUACAUCCAACGUUGACUGUCUGCUUGCUAGUACACCGACCCUUCCUAUGCCUACCCUGUAGAUUGUAUUUCUUCUCUCCCAAUCUUCUGCUUUUAAAAUGAACGAUAGCGACUUCUAGACCUACGGAUCGCGCGCUCGACUGCAAAAUAUCCCUGCAUUGCAGGUUAAUGGUAUCCUGUCUCAGAACUACUGGAACAGUUUUAUUUUUGACUGUCUCAAUUCUUUUCGUACUUAAGUGUUAAGUAAACGACAAUACAAGACAGUAAACUUUCCUUAACCCCUUAAGCGCUAAGAGUGAUCAGCAUGAAAUUUCUCCUUAUAAUAUCAAUGUUGUAGAAAACAGAGUGGUCAUGAGAAUUGAGUACAUGAUCAGGGAAGAUGAGGCUAAUUGAUAUUUUAACAAAUUCUCCCCACUACUUCUGUUGAAAAAGUAUAGGAACAGUAAAUGAGAAUCUCAAUUUUGAUAUUAGGGUUUAAAGGGUUAAUAUGGGACUAACGCGAGCUAUGUUUAGACUUUUAUGGAACGUUUUCUUUUGUUUUUUAGCACGCAAACACAACGUCUUCUGGAUAUUUUAUCUCGCAAGACUCAGCUUACGGAAAUCUCAUCCUGCCGGUUUUACCAAGGUUUGAAAAUGGAGAAUUAAAAAUGAUUUGA